AUGGCCUGUGGCAGGGCAGGGCCAGGAAUGGAGAUUGGUCAAGAGCUGGAUGGAAAGGUGUGGUUUACCUGGGAGCCUGGGCACACCUGGGCCCUGAGUAAGCAGAAUGGGGAGCUCAUCUGCGGGGGUGCAACGCCACUCACGGACAGUGAGGAGUCCCUGGAUUUCAGCGUGAGCCUGGAGCAGGCCUCCACGGAGCGGGUGCUCCGGGCCGGGAAGCAGCUGCAUCGACACCUCCUGGCCACUUGCCCGACCCUUAUCCGAGACCGGAAGUACCACCUUAGGCUCUAUCGGCAGUGCUGCUCUGGCCGGGAGCUGGUGGAUGGGAUCUUGGCACUGAGCCUUGGAGUUCAUUCCCGAAACCAAGCCGUUGGAAUCUGCCAGGUGCUCCUGGAUGAAGGUGCCCUUUGCCAUGUGAAACACGACUGGACCUUCCAGGACCGAGAUACCCAAUUCUACCGUUUCCCCGGGCCAGAGCCAGAGCCUGUGGGAGUCCAUGAGCUGGAGGAGGAACUGGUGGAGGCUAUGGCCCUGCUCUCCCAGCGGGGGCCUGAUGCCCUGCUCACUGUGGCGCUUCGAAAGCCCCCAGGUCAGCGCACAGACGAGGAGCUGGACCUCAUCUUUGAGGAGCUGCUGCAUAUCAAGGCCGUGGCCCACCUCUCCAACUCGGUGAAGCGGGAAUUAGCAGCAGUUCUGCUCUUUGAACCCCACAGCAGAGCAGGGACCGUGUUGUUCAGCCAGGGAGACAAGGGCACCUCGUGGUACAUUAUCUGGAAGGGAUCUGUCAACGUGGUGACCCAUGGCAAAGGGCUGGUGACCACACUGCAUGAGGGAGAUGACUUUGGACAGCUGGCUCUGGUGAAUGACGCACCCCGGGCAGCCACCAUCAUCCUGCGAGAAGAUAACUGUCAUUUUCUCCGUGUGGAUAAGCAGGACUUCAACCGUAUCAUCAAGGAUGUGGAAGCAAAGACCAUGAGGCUAGAAGAGCAUGGCAAAGUGGUGUUGGUGCUGGAGAGAGCCUCCCAGGGCGCUGGCCCUUCUCGCCCCCCAACCCCAGGCAGGAACCGGUAUACAGUGAUGUCUGGCACCCCAGAGAAGAUCCUAGAACUGCUCUUGGAGGCCAUGCGGCCUGAUUCCAGUGCUCAUGACCCAACAGAGACAUUUCUCAGCGACUUCCUCCUGACCCACAGUGUCUUCAUGCCCAGCGCCCAGCUUUGUGCUGCCCUCCUGCACCACUUCCACGCGGAGCCCUCAGGAGGCAGUGAGCAGGAGCACAGCACCUACGUCUGCAACAAAAGGCAGCAGGUCCUGCGGCUGGUCAGCCAGUGGGUGGCCCUGUAUGGUCCCAUGCUCUACGCUGACCCCGUGGCCACCAGCUUUCUCCAGAAACUCUCAGACCUGGUGAGCAGAGAUGCCCGGCUUUGCAUCCUGCUACGGGAGCAGUGGCCGGAGAGGCGGAAACACCACAGGAUGGAAAACGGCUGUGGGAAUGCAUCUCCUCAGAUGAAGGCCAGGAACAUGCCUGUUUGGCUCCCCGGCCAGGACCAGCCCCUCCCCAGCAGCAACUGUGCCAUUCGAGUUGGGGACAAAGUCCCCUAUGACAUUUACCGGCCGGACCACUCAGUGCUGACCCUGAAGCUGCCUGUGACGGCCUCAGUGAGAGAGGUGAUGGCAGCGUUGGCCCAAGAGGAUGGCUGGACCAAGGGGCAGGAGCUGGUGAAGGUCAACUCUGCAGGCGACGCCAUUGGCCUGCAGCCAGAUGCCCGUGGUGUGGCCACAUCGCUGGGGCUCAACGAACGGCUCUUUGUUGUCAACCCACAGGAAGUGCGCGAGCUGACCCCGCUCCCCGAGCAGCUGGGGCCCUCCGUGGGCUCUGCUGAGGGGCUGGACCUGGUGAGUGCCAAGGACCUGGCGGGCCAGCUGACGGACCACGACUGGAACCUCUUCAACAGUAUCCACCAGGUGGAGCUGAUCCACUAUGUGCUGGGCCCCCAGCAUCUGCGGGACAUCACCACCGCCAACCUGGAGCGUUUCAUGCGCCGCUUCAACGAGCUCCAGUACUGGGUGGCCACAGAGCUGUGUCUCUGCCCUGUACCCGGCCUGCGGGCCCAGCUGCUCAGGAAGUUCAUCAAGCUGGCUGCCCAGUGAGUACCUGUGGGGCCGGUGGGUGUAGCAGUGACCGCUCCAUCUGCCUGUCCCUUGCAGCGGCUGCCCCACAAAGUCCGGAAGCUGUACUCGGCCCUGGAGAGGCUGUUGGACCCCUCAUGGAACCACCGAGUCUAUCGACUGGCCCUCACCAAGCUCUCCCCUCCCAUCAUCCCCUUCAUGCCCCUUCUUCUCAAAGACAUGACCUUCAUCCAUGAGGGAAACCACACAUUGGUAGAGAAUCUCAUCAACUUUGAGAAGAUGAGAAUGAUGGCCAGAGCCGUGAGGAUGCUGCAUCACUGCCGAAGCCACAGCAAUGUGCCCCUCUCACCGCUCAGAAGCCGCGUCUCCCACCUCCACGAGGACAGCCAGGCAGCCAGGACAUCCACGUACCGUUUCCUCUUCCUGUGCCGCUAG